AUGUGGAGGGUGCACGGAAACGGCGAAGGUGUUGGGAAGAGGACUGCAGCAGCUGCGGCAAUAGAGAGAAUGGUGUGGUGUGGAUUGAGAGCACGGUAUGAAGGACACAGCACUACAACAGCGGCGGCCACAGAAUGGUGGGAAUGGACUCUGAGAGCGCGCAAGCUUCCAUUCCUGCACCACCGCACUACCAGGGCUUUCUAUCACUAUCUUCGACCCUCCACGCUGCAUCAUUCUUCCCGCGCGCUACUUUCCAAGGGCUAUUGCACUGCUACCGAAGAUUCGCCAGGAGUGUUGGUUUCUGACGCUGAAUAUGGAACCGGUCAAGCGCUGCAGCUAGGUUCCGCUGCCAAUGUGACGAACACCGAUCCUUUAAAUGGCAGAGUUAUGAUCAUCGACGCAAAGUUGCACCAUGGUCAUCUAACGCAUGCUGAUGGAAACGGAGAUUGGGUUUUAACAAUAUUUACGGCACUAUCGCUUAUAAUUGAUGUUCUGGAAUUUAUCCCCUCCCAUGUGGUGAAACGCAUCAAUUUGCGGUUCCCAGCAGCUAACUUGCAUUUCUCAGGUUCAUUGGCUUGUAAAACCACUGUCAAAUAUAAUUUUAAUAGAGAAAACCUUCUCAUUUCAGGACUUCCUUUUGGUCAUACUUAUAAUUCAUCAAAAGAAAGUUUUACUGCAAAAGGUCAGAAUUUUCGGCACAAUCUAUAUCCCGCAUACAAGAGCAACCGACCUCCAACUCCUGAUACCAUUGUGCAGGGACUUCAAUACUUAAAAGCAUCCAUUAAAGCUAUGUCCAUAAAAGUUCCAGGUGUAGAAGCAGAUGAUGUGAUUGGAACCUUAGCCUUAAGGAGCGUUGAUACUGGGUACAAGUCUGCUGAUGAUAUUGAAGUUGUAAGAGUUGUCUCCCCUGACAAAGACUUUUUUCAGAUUUUGUCCCCUUCACUAAGACUCCUUCGAAUUGCUCCACGUGGUGAUCAGAUGGUUUCAUUUGGAGUUGAGGAUUUUGCGAAUAGAUAUGGAGGUCUGAAACCAUCCCAGUUUGCAGAUAUGAUCGCACUCUCUGGGGAUAGAUCUGAUAAUAUUCCAGGAGUUAAUGGAAUUGGAGAUGUUCACGCUGUGCAAUUAAUCAGUCGAUUUGGCACAUUGGAGAGGUUGUUGGAAUCUGUUGAUCAAAUUAAAGAGGAUCGCAUUAGAAAGGUUUUCCUGACUGAUAUUAUACUUCAUGUGCAAGCAUUGUUGCGUUCUGAUCUUCCGUCGUACAUGGUACCAUUUGCCGUGAAAGAUCUCUCGUUCACUAAACCAGAGGACAACGGUAGUAGAUUCAACAGCCUUUUAACAGCUAUCAGUGCUUACGCAGAAGGGUUUUCAGCUGACCCUCUUAUCAGGAGAGCAGUUCAUUUAUGGAGAAAGUUGGAGUCAACAUGA